CACAGGCCAGUGCUGGAUGUCGCUAUCCCUCAAGAUAAGGAGAUUAAUCUGAAGCUGCAGAACGUGCUGAUGCUUCUCAGGAAGUGCUGUAACCACCCAUACCUCAUUGAGUACCCGCUAGACUCCAGCACCCAGCAAUUUAAGAUCGAUGAAAAUUUGGUGAAAACUUCUGGGAAGUUUCUCAUCUUGGAUCGAAUGCUGCCAGAGCUCAAAAAAAGAGGACACAAGGUGCUGUUAUUUUCACAAAUGACCUUAAUGCUGGACGUUCUGAUGGACUUCUGUUACCUGAGGGACUACAAGUACAGCCGUCUGGAUGGCUCCAUGUCCUACUCUGACCGGGAGGAAAAUAUAAAACAUUUCAACACAGAUCCUGAUGUAUUCAUCUUCCUGUUGAGCACUCGAGCUGGGGGACUGGGCAUUAACCUGACUGCGGCAGACACCGUUAUUAUAUAUGAUAGUGACUGGAAUCCUCAGGCGGAUAUUCAGGCUCAAGAUCGCUGUCAUCGGAUCGGCCAGACCAAGCCGGUGGUCAUUUACCGGCUGGUCACCGCCAACACCAUUGACGAGCAGAUUGUGGAGAAAGCCACAGCCAAGCGACGGCUCGAGAAGCUCGUCAUUCACAAAAACAAGUUUAAAGGUGGCAGGUCAGGAAUGACCCAUUCCAAGAGCUGCCUGGAUCCCACUGAACUAAUGGAACUCCUGAAGUCCCGUGACCACGAGAGAGAGGUAAAGGGAACCACUGAGAGGGUGAUGAGCGACUCUGACCUGCAGUCCCUGCUGGAUCGCACUGAUAUGAUGGACAAAAUGAAAAGAAAUGUGGAAGUGAAAACCCAGAGAGAUAAUAUCUUCAGAGUGCUGCAGAGCGAGGCCGAGAAUGUGGAAAUUCGUCUGUCAGGGCUGUGAGAGCAGCUGUGGACAGCUUCCCUCACGCCACAGGCUCACACACGCACCCUGUACAGUCAGCAAUUGUGGCUAGUCUCUCUGCCCGGUAGUCAGAGCUUUAGCAAAGUGCAUUUUUAGUUUACUUUUAGCUGAGCUACAAGACUUGGCACAGAUGGAGAGGCAGAGUCCUUGUGUGCGAUAUUCCUGCACGUUACUGUGGUGAGCUGUUCUGCUCCAGUGUUAAGUUAAACCAUGACUCCCUCUCCUGUCUGGGAUCGUAGUGUGCUCACAGAGACCAUGGCUCUAUACUGUAGCUUCUCUAAUAGAACUGGUGAUGGGUGAAUAGAGUGAAAUAUUUAUACUUUGUGCAUAAGAUCUGGAAUUGUAAUCCUUGCUGUUACAUACCUGCUCUCCUCCUGACAGCAGUGUACUGUUCAGGCCUCAGAUUGGGAGGGAAUGUUAUAGAUGUGAUUUUCCCUGGAAUUGAUCAGCUGCACCUUAGCAAGAGCGUGUGACAACUGCAAUUGAGGAGUGAAGCCAGUUUGGAACUUUAUAACUAUCAUCUCCUACCCCCCACCACCCCCACAACAAUCUCUGCAGAGACUGUCCCAGUGCGUUAGCAAUGUCCCUACCCCAAUUUCUGCAGACACCGUGUUACCAUUGUCCCUUCCCCAAUCACUGCAGACACUGGUCCAGUACGACGCUCUCUGAUUCUCAUCUACUUUAAAUCCAGUGUAGAUAUUUUAUUCUGUUUACUAUCCAUCAUAUUGGAACAAUUAUCCAGUUUCUUAUAUGGCCCCAUUUCCCUACCCCUUUCUCUCUUUCUCUGUUCAUGACUAGCUUGCUGUCUCUUCUCUUUCUAGCUCCCUUCUUUCUCUCUGUCAAGUUCACACUUUUUUUCUUACUCUGGGUUUUAUUUAUACUCAGGGUCACUGAUAGCCCUUAGAAUUCCUUGUGACAGAGGGUUGUUUCUGUGAACUGAACACGCUGCUCUGGGAGCUGUAGUUGGCUGGAGCCUCGUUCGCUCAGGCAGUGAUGUGGAGCGUUGCUCCCACUGUGUUCAGGACCAUGUUGUUAUUUGUUUUUGGUAUGGGGCUGUCAGCGGAUUUUAAUUUUGGGGGAGUGUGCGUGGAACGCUCUAGUUUGCGGGACUCAGUUUAAAUAAUUAGCCAGCGAGCUGUUAAGUGAAGCUCGCUCUGUCCAUGGCUGGGAAUCCAGGACAGAACUGGGUGUUCGAGGUCAGACCCUGCCCAAGUGAUUGUUUUCAACACUGUACCUGCCAGGCCCUGAGAUCAGCUGCUCCUUAGCCUACGAGGGCUUGGGACGCUGAUGUAUAAAAACUGUACAAAAUGUUUUAAUUAAAAAAAAGUUAAUUUUAA